GCCGUCUGGUCUGGGGAAUUAGCACCGGGGACGGGCGCGCGCGCAGGUCCCAGCACAUCUGGGCAAGAGCCGAGCCUCUGGAAGCGAGCGGGGCGCCGAGCGCCUGUCUAGAGCGGCAGAGCCACCGCGCAACCGGAGCCCCUUCAAGACGCUCCGGGCGCACAUCUGGGACCUCGAGAAGGGACCGCGCGGCGCGCAGCUGGACGCGGGGAGGGGGCGGCGGCUGCACAGCUGGACCGAAGGGGGCGGGGUCGGUCCCAAGGAAGGGCUGAGGGGAGGGCCGCUAGCCACCAGAGACCGGAGCAUGGGACAGCGCGCCUGAAGGAGCAGUCCGGGGAGAAGGGGGCCUGGGACCCCAAAAGGAAAAGAGAGACGGGUGAGAGCAGAGGAGGAAGAUGCAACUGACCCGCUGCUGCUUCGUGUUCCUAGUGCAGGGCAGCCUCUAUCUGGUCAUCUGUGGCCAAGAUGAUAGUCCCCCUGGCUCAGAGGACACUGAGCACGAUGACCACGAGGGCCACCCUCGGCCUAGGGUGCCUCGGAAGCAGCGAGGUCACAUCUCACCUAAGUCCCGCCCCUUGGCCAACUCCACCCUCCUAGGGCUCCUGGCCCCACCUGGGGAGGCUUGGGGUGUCCUUGGGCAGCCCCCCAACCGCCCCAAGCAAAGUUCCCUACCCUCGACCAAGGUGAAAAAAAUAUUUGGAUGGGGCGAUUUCUACUCCAACAUCAAGACGGUGGCCCUAAACCUGCUGGUCACAGGGAAGAUCGUGGACCACGGUAACGGGACCUUCAGCGUCCACUUCCGCCACAACGCCACCGGCCAGGGUAACAUCUCAAUCAGCCUUGUGCCCCCUAGCAAGGCUGUGGAGUUCCACCAGGAGCAGCAGAUCUUCAUCGAAGCCAAGGCCUCCAAGAUCUUCAACUGCCGGAUGGAGUGGGAGAAGGUAGAACGGGGCCGCAGGACCUCGCUCUGUACCCACGACCCAGCCAAGAUCUGUUCUCGAGACCACGCUCAGAGCUCUGCCACCUGGAGCUGCUCCCAGCCCUUCAAAGUCGUAUGCGUCUAUAUUGCCUUCUACAGCACGGACUAUCGACUGGUGCAGAAGGUGUGCCCAGAUUACAACUACCACAGCGAUACCCCCUACUACCCAUCUGGGUGACCUGGAUGGGCCGCAGAGGUCUGUGCAGGAGGCCGGCUGUCUGGACACUGGGCAGGGAAAGGGAUGGGUCUCAGCAAGGGAGAGAGGGUGGAGAGGACAAGAAGCCAGGUGGGCCAGGGUUAGGCCUCAGGUGCUGGCCCCAACCUGAGGUUAGAAUGCGUUUGUCAUGGAGGAGGAGAACUAGGCCCUGGGCACCCUUCCGGGCCUUACCCUCUGAUCCAAAGCCCGAUGGUGGGCCCUGAGGCCCCUGGGCAAGCAGGCUAGGCGACCCCAGAUCAAGCCCCGGAGAAGACCUUAACCCUUGGCUCCCUCUCCUUGUGGGUCAGAAAGAGAU